CUAAGUCAGAGCAUUAGGGGUUUGAUGAAUUCUUUAUUUUGUACCUUUGUUUCAGCUUCCACCUGCUAUUCCUUUUUCCUUAUCUAUCUUUUCUAUGCUAACCUUCUAUGUUGCCUUGUGAUUUACUUGCUCGUUUCUUGGGUAUAGGUAUAGGUACCUUGGUACACUAUGCCUUCUAAAAAGAAAGCACUUAAAGUAAGGCAUGUAGAUGAGGUUACAGCUCUAGAGCAUGGCCUUAGGCAAUGCCAAGAGCAUGAGAGAUUUGUCACUCUUGAUGGUGGUGAGAUUGAUGAGGUGGUAGACAGGAUCUAUGCUAGGAUUACUAGAUCGGUCCAGGGUAGUGAGUGUAGGUAGGAGGGUUAUUCUUUUGGGGAGUUCCAUAAGCAAAAACCCUCGAACUUUUAAUGGUGAACCUGACCUAGUGGCAGCAGAGAAUUGGUUGCUAAAGAUGGAAAAGUUAGUGGGAGCCCUGAACUACUUGAUUUUGAAGUUAUUGGUUUCUACCCCUGUAGGUGGUACUUUAAUGACUAAUCUUGUGCUUAAGUAUUGUAUUGUUUGUAUUGAGGGUAGAGAGUUAUCAGCUGACUUGGUGACAUUAGAUAUGCAUGAUUUUGAUGUCAUUUUGGGCAUGGAUUGGUUGGCUUCUUACCAUGCUAGUAUGCAUUGUUUUGAGAAAGAGGUGGUGUUUAGACCUCCAGGUGAAUUAGAAUUUCUAUUUAAGGCUUCAUGUUUGCCUUUUUUGCCUCGUGUGAUAUCAUGCAUACAAGCAAACCACUUCCUUAGAAAGGGAUGUCGAGGAUUCCUUGCUAGCGUAGUGGAUUUACAAAGUGGAGAAUUGGAGAUAGGAGACAUUACUAUUGUGAGGGAAUUUUCAGAUGUUUUUCCUGAUGAUCUACCUGGGUUGCCCCUGGAUCGUGAGAUUGAGUUCUCUAUUAAUCUCCUUCCUGGCACUACACCAAUUUCUAAGGCACCAUAUAGGAUGGCACCCAUAGAGUUGAAAGAACUUAAGGAGCAAUUGGUAGAAUUGCUGGACAAGGGGUUUAUUCGCCCUAGUGCCUCGCCUUGGGGAGCUCUAGUUUUAUUUGUUAAGAAAAAUGAUGGCUCUAUGAGGUUGUGCAUUGAUUACCAUGAGCUAAAUAGAGUUACCAUUAAGAAUAAAUACCAUUUGACUCAUAUUGAUGACUUAUUAGACUAGUUGCAAGGAGCACAAGCCUUUUCUAAGAUUGAUUUUCGUUCUGGUUACUACUAGUUAAAGAUUAAGGGUGAGGACAUACUGAAAACAACUUUCGGACUAGAUAUGAUCAUUAUGAAUUUUUGGUGAUGUCGUUUAGAUUAACUAAUGCCCCUGUUGCUUUUAUGGAUUUGAUGAAUAGCGUAUUUCAUAAGUACUUGGAUCACUUUGCCAUUAUGUUCAUUGAUGAUAUUUUGAUUUAUUCUAAGAGUCAAGAAGAGCAGGAAGAACACUUGAAAAUUGUUUUACAUAUUCUAAGAGGAAGGAAGUUGUAUGCUAAACUAAAGAAGUGUGAAUUUUGGUUGUAUCAAGUAGUGUUCUUGGGUCAUGUGAGAAAAUCUUCCAAGAGCUAAAGUGGAGAUUGGCCAUAGCUCCAGUGUUAACUAUUCCUUCAGGUACGAGUGGUAUUGUCAUUUAUAGUGAUGCUUCUCAUAAGGGACUUGGUUGUGUGUUGAAGCAAAUGGGAAGGUUGUGGUUUAUGCCUCUCGUCAGUUGAAAAAUUAUGAGAAAAAUUACCCCACUCAUGACUUGGAGUUGGCCACAGUUGUUUUUACUUUGAAAAUUUGGAGACAUUAUUUGUAUGGGGAAAGAUAUGAGAUUUUCAUUGGAUCAUAAAAGUUUAGAGUAUUUAUUUAACUAGAAUGAGCUAAAUAUGGGACAACGGAGAUGGUUGGAACUGGUUAAGGAUUAUGAUUGCUCUAUUAAUUGUCAUCCUGGUAAGGCUAAUGUUGUAACUGAUGCUCUUAGUAGAAAGCUUUCAAGUUUUUUAGUUGCUUUGCUAACUACUCGAAAGGAAAUUAUUCGUGAUCUUGAAAGGAUGGAGAUUGAAGUUGUUAUGGGCCAUUUUGAGGCCUACUUGGUUAGUUUGAGUGUUCAACCAACUUUGGUAGAGAGAAUUAAAUUGUCAUAGGCCAAUGACUCGCAUUUAAAGAAAAUCAUGGAUGAGGUGCAUAGUGGAAAGAAAAUCUAAAUUUCUAGUUCUGAGGAUGGUGUUUUGAGAUUUGGGAGUAGACCUUGUGUGCCAAGUGAUCUAUUGAUUAAAAAAAAGAAGAGAUUUUAGAGGAAGCG